UUUGGGGGAAAAACGAAAAUCACAUUCUGGGUGGGUCGUUGAGACAUCUGUAGCGAGAUCGAGGUCUUGUUUUCUCUCAGUUUACACACGCACUCUCUCUUUCUCUCUCUUCUCUCUCUCUCUCUCUCUCUCUCUCUCUCUCCUUGUAUACAUACGAAACAGAUGUGUAUCUAUAACGUUUGAUUCGAUCCCGGAAAAUUCAAUUUUUUUUUGAUCUGGUUUGGAAUCUGCGGCUGCGGAUUUGGUGAGGGAGCUCAGUUCAAUUCGAGGCGAGGGUUUGAGUUUAUGGCUUCGAAUCCUCCUCCAUUCCAGGUGGAGGAUAAUACAGACGAGGAUUUUUUUGAUAAGUUAGUGAAUGGUGAUGAUGACGACUUGGAUUUUAAGGUCAACACCGAAUCUUCAUCGGUACCCUUUUUGUCGGACGGGAAUGAAUCCGACGAGGCUAAAGCCUUCGCCAAUUUGAGCAUCAACGACCUUGAUAGUAGCACCGAUGUUAAUUACGAGAAGGCUGGCAGUAGUGACCAUACCAUUGUUGAUGAUCCAAGCAUAGAGGCAGAUAAACACGAACAUCUUGAAGAACUGGAACCCAUGAAGGAAAUCGUAAACCAUUUAGUUUCGUCGAAUUCGUUCGAGUUUGACAAUUUGAUGCAGCACCAAGAAACUGAAGAUGGGGGUGCUGAAGUUUUGUCCGAUACCACAGUUGUGAGCAAGAGUAGCGGUGAGGGCUUAUCUGAUGCAACUGUUGUGAGUAAGAGCAGCGAUGAAUCUGUGGCUCCAGGAGUUAAGGAAGUGGGAUGGAGUGCUUUUCAUUCUGAUCCGGCCGAAAACGGAGGCAGUGGCUUCGGAUCUUACUCGGAGUUUUUCACCGAAUUAGGUGGAGAAAAUGCUGGUGAUGCAUUUGGGAAUGUGGCGGAGAAUAAUCUGGCUAAUGGGCCAGAUGUCACUAUCGGAAAUGAUGUAGCUGGAUUUUCGUACGUGGAUAACACCACCAACAACUUUGGGCAGCAGAAUAAUGAGUUGUAUAAUUACGAUACAACAGCAGAUCAGAGUUCAGGUGUGCAGGAUUUGAAUAGCAGUCAGUACUGGGAGAGCCAGUAUCCGGGUUGGAGGUAUGAUCAAAGUACCGGACAGUGGUAUCAGAUAGAUGGAUAUGAUGCAACAAGUGUGCAAACAAAUGUCGAUUCUAAUUCAUCUUCUUCUUGGGGGCAGCAGACUAAAGAGCAAGCCGAGGUGUCUUACUUGCAGCAAACUGCUCAAUCUGUACAGGGUACCGUGGCUGAGGUUGGUAGAAAUGAGAGUGUUACUAGUUGGAACCAAGCCUCUCAGGCGAGUGACACCACAGAAGCCGCAACAAAUUGGAAUCAAGUUUCACAAGCGAGUGGUGGCGGCACCACCGUUUCGUCAGAUUGGAAUCAGGCUUCACAAGUGAGUGGUGGCGGCACCAGCACCGUUUCGUCAGACUGGAAUCAGGCUUCACAAGUGAGUGGUGGCGGCACCAGCACCGUUUCGUCAGAUUGGAAUCAGGCUUCACAAGUGAGUGGUGGAGGCACCACCGCCGUUUCGUCAGAUUGGAAUCAGGCUUCUGAGGAAAACAAUGGUUACCCACCUCAUAUGGUGUUUGAUCCUCAGUACCCUGGUUGGUAUUAUGAUACCAUUGCCCAGAAAUGGGACAGUUUGGAAUCAUACAAUGCAUCAACCCAGUCUACUCCUCAUGUUGAGGAGAAGAAAAAUCUGGGUGGAUAUGCAUCGGCUGAUACAUUUUAUCAAAAUGAUAAUCACAAGACGUACAGUGCCCAUGAACAAGGUAUUAGUAAUAAUGCCCAAAGCUUUGGUAGCCAAGUGCAAAAUCAGAACUGGGCUGGUUCAGUAGCCAACAAUAUUCAACAGAGCCCAAGCAUGUGGCAACCUAAUAAUUUUGCCAGUGGUCAUGCUACUUCACAGUAUAGAGCAAACCAACCAGUGGAAGACCACCGUGGACAGAACUUUUCUGCAAGAGGUCAUGGAAAUGGACAAGAUACUGUUAACUACGGGGUUACAGGUUCAUACCAUGAGAAUGCAACUCAACGUCAACAUGAUUUUUCCGCGCCUAACAGGUCACAAAGUUUUGUUGGUGGGAAUUUGAGUCAGCAUUACAAUGAUUCAAGAAUUAAUCAAAAUGACCAAUAUCAUGUUUCCAAUGACUACUACAAGAACCAGAAUUCAGUCGGCUUUUCUCAGCAACAGAUUCAGACUGCUCAAACCUCCUAUUCUCCUGCUGCUGGAAGGUCAUCUGCAGGUCGUCCUGCACAUGCUCUGGUUACUUUCGGUUUUGGUGGAAAGCUCAUUGUGCUGAAAGAUAACAGCUCUACUGAAAAUUUGAGCUUUGGAAGCCAGAACCCUGUAGGAAGCUCAAUAUCAGUUCUAAACUUAGCAGAAGUUGUUAAUCAGAAUGCUGAUGCUUCAAGCCAGGGAAAGGGCGGUAGCAAUUAUUUCCAGGCUCUUUGUCAACAAUGCACUCCAGGUCCUCUUAGUGGUGGAGGUGUUACUAAAGAGUUGAACAAAUGGAUUGACGAGAGAAUUGCAAAUAUUGAAUCUGCGAAUGUGGACUAUAGAACCGCUGAAGUUUUGAGGUUGCUUCUCUCGCUGCUUAAAAUAGCUGUUCAGCAUUAUGGAAAACUCCGAUCUCCUUAUGGUGCAGAAGCUAAGUUGAAGGAAAGUGAUGCUCCAGAAUCAGCAGUUGCUAGGCUGUUUGCAUCUGCAAAAGGAAGUGGGUCUCAAUUCAAUCAAUAUGGUGCUGUUGCCCAAUGCUUACAGCAAAUGCCAUCUGAAGGGCAAAUGCAGGUAACUGCUACGGAGGUUCAAAGUCUUCUUGUCUCUGGAAGAAAGAAAGAGGCUUUACAAUGUGCACAAGAGGGUCAAUUGUGGGGUCCUGCUCUUCUUCUUGCUGCCCAGAUUGGUGAUCAGUUCUAUGCUGAAACUGUUAGGCAGAUGGCACUUAGCCAGUUUGUAGCGGGGUCACCUUUGCGAACAUUAUGCCUUCUAAUUGCUGGUCAACCAGCUGAUGUAUUUUCAGCUGGUACCACGGCUGCUGCUGUAAAUAUGCCUCUGCAACCUGCACAGUUUGGUGGCAAUGGGUUGCUGGAUGACUGGGAGGAGAAUUUGGCAGUCAUCGCUGCUAAUAGAACAAAGGACGAUGAACUUGUGCUUAAGCAUCUUGGAGAUUGUUUAUGGAAGGAUAGAAGUGAUAUAAUUGCUGCUCACAUAUGCUAUUUGGUCGGGGAAGCAAGCUUCGAACCAUAUUCAGACACUGCAAGAAUGUGUCUUGUUGGUGCAGACCAUUGGAAAUUCCCACGUACUUAUGCCAGUCCAGAGGCUAUUCAGAGGACAGAAAUAUACGAGUAUUCCAUAACGCUUGGGAACCCUCAGUUCGUUCUACUUCCAUUUCAACCAUAUAAGCUUGUAUAUGCACAAAUGUUGGCAGAAGUUGGGAGGAUAUCAGAGGCAUUAAAGUACUGUCAAGCAGUACUAAAAUCUCUUAAAACUGGUCGAACAUCAGAGGUGGAGACACUAAGAAACUUAGUUUCAUCACUUGAGGAAAGGAUCAAAACUCAUCAACAGGGUGGAUUCUCGACAAAUUUAGCUCCUAAAAAAUUGGUCGGUAAAUUGCUUAACCUUUUCGAUAGUACUGCACAUCGAGUUGUUGGGGGUAUACCACCACCAGUGCCGACAGCAGGUGGUACUGGACAAGGUUAUGAGAAUCAACAAACACUUGGACAUAGGGUAUCAGCUAGCCAGUCGACAAUGGCUAUGUCGUCAUUAGUGCCUUCUCAAUCGGUGGAGCCCAUAAAUGAGUGGGGAGCUAAUUACAACAAAAUGGCAAUGCACACAAGAAGUGUUUCAGAGCCUGACUUCGGAAGAAGUCCAAGACAGAGUCAUACUGAUUCUUUGAAGGAGCCAACUCCCACAAACAUGCAAGACAAAGCAUCAGCUGCAGGUGGGACUUCUCGCUUUGGUCGUUUUGGUUUCGGGUCUCAGCUUUUGCAGAAGACUGUAGGAUUAGUACUUAAACCCCGUCAAGGCCGUCAGGCAAAAUUGGGUGACUCAAAUAAGUUCUAUUAUGACGAUAAACUGAAGAGGUGGGUGGAGGAAGGUGCUGCACCACCGGCGGAAGAAGCAGCCCUUCCACCACCACCAACAGCUGCAGCUUUUCAGAAUGGAACUUCAGACUACAAUUUGAAGAGUGCGAUGCAAAGCGGAGCUUAUCAUGGUAAUGGCAGCCCAGAAUUUAAAAGCCCAAAUGUUCUCGAUAAUAAUCCAGGAAUACCACCACUCCCUCCCACCUCCAAUCAAUACUCAGCACGUGGAAGAAUGGGUGUCCGAUCUAGGUACGUCGACACCUUUAACCAAAGUGGUGGGAACUCGACGAAUUUAUUUCAGUCACCUUCUGCUCCUCCAAUUAAUAAACCAGCAAUUGGGGCGAAUCCGAAAUUCUUCGUACCUAGUGCAGUAUCUCCAGUUGAGCAGCAGCCAGUGGAAGCUUCUGUAAUAAAUGACACGCAAAACAAUUCGACGUCUUACGAAAAUCCUGCAGUCUCAAAUUUAAGAGAUUCAUUCAACUCAACAUCACCUUCAUCUUCAAUGACAAUGCAAAGAAACGCGAGCUUAAAUCAAAUCUCGGAACAGAGGAAUUCUAGUAAUGGCUCUUUUCCUGUACACUCGAGGCGUACAGCUUCAUGGAGUGGAAUACUUAACGAUUCUCUCAGCGCUCCUCAAAGUGCUGAAGUGAAACCACUCGGAGAGGUAUUGGGUAUGCAUUGUUCGGGCGACGAUCUUCAUGAAGUGGAACUCUGAUUUCUGAUUGGCUGUCGGAUCGGAUGUAAAUUAUAGCAAAUUUUUGCCAUGCUGUGACAGUCGCAAGUCUCGAAGAUUGUGUGGGAGAUAAUCACAUGUGUACCUUUUCUUUCUUCUUUCUGUUUUGACCUCUCCUUUUUUUUUUUUUUCUUUUAAAUCUUUUUACAGUUGUACUUUAAUUGUUACUUAGAUGUUUACCGAUAUAUAGAGGGAUAGGUUUUGCUCGUAUGGCGAAAUGUACAAGUGAUCUGCGUAUAACAUGGGCAACCUCGAAAAAAAGGAAUGGUGGAAAGAUGUACAGUUCAUUUGAUUAUUUAUUGAGGGAGUAUGUUUAUUAGUGUACGAACUCGGAGGACAAAAAAUUUCGUAAACGCGAAUAAAACUUCUUUUUCCGCUUCGAUCAGGAGCAUG